AUGGCCCGUUCCACCACGAUUAAAGACGCAUUGAAGCGUUGGCAGGAAGAACACGAUGGGCAAGAUCCGGUAGAAGCAGUCGACAUACAGCUACAGUUCCGUUGGCCCCCGAUUGAGAAGAUGGAUGGUACCCUCGGGACGCUUGUGAACUGUCAGAAGUUAAGCUUGUCAUCUAAUAUGAUUGAAAAAAUCGCCGGUUUGAAUGGGAUGAAAAACUUGCGAAUACUUGCACUUGGCCGUAACUACAUCAAAUCACUUAGUGGUAUCGAACUGGUAGGCGACACGCUGGAAGAACUUUGGAUCAGCUACAACCUUAUCGACAAAUUGAAAGGGGUGGAAAGUCUGCGCAAGCUGAAAGUGCUUUACAUGGCGAACAAUUCGGUACGUGACUGGGGCGAGCUAGCGAAACUACAAGCCAUCGCUGGUACGCUCGAAGAUCUAGUAUUUGCCGGUAACCCGCUGGUGGAAAACCUAGACGAGGCGGUGUACGUGCGGGAAGUGACGAAGCGGUUACCCACACUGAAAAAGCUUGACGGUGUGCCAAUGCUAACGGAGGAUGAGGACUAG